AUGCAGCGGGAUGUGCGGGUGGGGAUGGAGACGGUGAUGAAGAUGCAGCGGGACGUACGAGUGGGUGAUUCUGUAGAUGUGAUUAUAGCAGAGGCGGAUCCUGCAAGGGACAAGCUGCGGCUCGUAGAAGCACCCCCGAGCUACAGGGAAGCUCAGAUGCGAAGCAUAAUGGAUGGGGAAGGAGAUGAAGGAGGGGUGGAGGAUGCUGGGGAUGAGGGAGGAGGGGAAGGGGAGUUGGAAGCUGGGGAGGGGGAGAGCAGUGGAGAGGCAUGGGAGGAUGGUGUGGAGACAGACGUUGAGGCUCAGCCACUUGCGAAGCUGUGA